UCGACAUUCGCCCAUGCGCCUGCCCCUCAUGGAGUUAAAUGCUCAAUCUGCCUACAUCGUUGUGGGUACAUUGUUGACUUGCCAUGUCAUAUAUCGCUUCGUUGUGCGGCGAUUGCAAGCCCGGACUCUGCCCCCAAAGUACUGGAGCUGGGAAUUUAUCAAGAACUUCGACUAUCUCUUCUAUACCAACAUUAAUCCCCGGAAUUGGGUCAAAUUUCAAACGAACCUGGGUCCCACGUAUCGGGUAUCCAAUAUUUUCAACCCUAUGAGUUCCAUUUGCACGGGCGACCCCGAGAAUGUACACGCUAUGCUGGCAGGGAGAGACUGGGGUAAUCAGUUCAGACUUAAUGGGAUGGGACAGAUGUUCGAGAAAGGACUUCUGACUGUUGAUGGGGACGAGUGGAUGAGGUCGAGGAAAAUGGUCAGGCCAGCGUUUCAGCGCAACAAUCUCGACGAUUUCGAAGUACUGAGUCAAAUGACGGAGAAGAUGAUUGCUCAGAUCGAGAAAGAGAAACAGGUGGUAGAUGUAGGAGCAUUGUUGACUGAUGCAUUUUUGAACACUUCAAUGCACUUCAUUCUCGGUCUUGAUCCCGGAAAAGAAGAUGACGGUCGUCCAUUCUCUGUGUCUGAGUUCAUGAAAUUGUGGCACGAAGGCAUAAUGGGUACCGGGCUUCGACUUAUAUUGGAGCACCAGCAUUGGAUGUUGCCGAAGAAACGCUUCGCUAUAGUGUGUCAAAAACUCCACUCUUUCAUCGACUUUGCCAUAGCCAAAGCGAGGCAGAAUAAAGAUGCGCAAAAAAGUUCCAAAUCCAUGGUGUACACCAUUCUGCCUCACGCUGCGUCAUCCGCCGAUGCCCGGGCUCAACUCAUGCAUACUCUCUUUGCCAACCAAGACACCACUUCGACUUUAAUCAGCAACGUCGUCCAAAUCCUCUCCACCCGGCCUGCCAUCUGGACACAGCUGCGCACAGAAGUCUUGGAACAAGGAUCUCACCUUUUUACGUUUGACAACCUUCGCAACAACAAAGUAAUACAGAAUAUCAUAUUAGAAGCCCUUCGCCACCGCGUUAUCGCGACACCAAUUGGUCGCCGAGCGAUUCGACACACCAUCCUGCCUAAAGGCGGUGGAAUCGAUGGCCAAUCACCGCUACAUAUUCCCGCUGGUACCACGGGACUCGUUAAUCUGUGGUCCUUACAUUCAGAUCCCAAGGUCUACGGAGCUGACGCGGACGAGUUCAAGCCAGAACGUUGGAACCAUAUCAAACCGGGUACGAAUGAAUUCUUACCCUUUGGGGCUGGCGGACGGGCGUGUUUGGGGCAGGAGAAAGCGGUGGUUGAAACUGCUUUCGUACUGUCAAAAUUGAGUGGGAGAUUUGAAAGCGUACAAGAUAUGACGGGCGAAUGGAAACCCAUGGGUGGUAUGACGAUCAAAAAUUCGAGUGGGUACAAAGUUGCCUUCAAGUCCAGUGUAGAGAUGGAUUGAAGGAUGUUGUACUCCUAGUACCUAUUUGGCAAUUAGAUAGCAGCAAUAAUGAAAGCUCAAUGCGGAGUGGUAGAUUGCUGCUAAUCAGUGUUAUUUGAGUAUCACAGCUGACAGGCAGCACCCCUGUUCCAUCGCCGUGCAUUCUGACAUAUAUGUAUACAUCGUUACAUGAAACGAACGUGGCUAACUUUCUAGUGUGUAACUCUAGGAAGUAUCCUAUCUGUUCAUGCAACCGGCUUUGGUGAUGAGCUGUUAGUGUUGCUUUAGAUCGUGUAUCGUGGAAUGACAGGAUGCAUUGUAAUAU